UGGAAAGGUGCCCAAUGAUUGCAGUUAUUGUGUCUGAUGAUCGAAGUGGGGUGACUCUUUCGUGGCCUACUGAAGAAGAAGAAGAUGGCGGGCAAGCUGGAGCUGACUCAGAUGAGCUCGUGGAGUUACAUGUAUACCCUGUCAUGUCUCUAGGUGUGUCUGGAUUGGAUUUAAAUGAAACGAUAGUGCUCCCAGCUGUCAUCAAUAUCUCCUCCCAGUCAUCUUUCUUCUACCAGUUCCCUAAUGUUCCAGACAACUCUUCAUCCUCGGAAAUGUUUUCUGUGUUCAAACUCCUUACGGCGUCUAGUACUGAUCAUACAGAGCUUUACUGGGGAUCAGCAGUCGGAGGCUCUUUGGGAGUUGAGGGGAAUGGCGAUGGCGAUGAUGAUGGUGAUGAUGGAGAGUGUGAUUCGUGGGUAUCCAAAGACAGAGAAGUAAACGGGGUUGAUGAUGACUUGAAUGUGUGUGCGUCGCAAUUGGAAUCCAUCUACCCCUGUCCCAGUGUACCAUCUUUUAUAUUGCUCUCACCAACAACAACAACAUCAGCAAACCCCUUUUUGUUCAACUUCAACGACACAGAUGACGCCUUCUGGGCCCACGAGGAAGUGUCCAAAGGCGUGCUGGGAUGGGAGUACGACAUGUGUUGCCACAACCAUCAGCAAUCCAUGACAGACGUCACCGAAGUCUUUAAUUCACUCACUCUGCAGGGAAUGGGUGUAUGCUCCUCGACAUCAACUUCUUGUCAGUUUAAUCCAGGGGCUCAUUUCUGCAUUCGGUCUCCCCUCAUGCAAUGUGAACUGACCCACUCCGAGUCGUCGGCAUACAAAAGCAUGUCCACUCAGUGUUGCUACUCUACCGAAGGAUCUCUCAUCACUGAAGGAGACUCACCAGGAGCUACAGGGUCCGUCAACGUCGCUUUCAAGUCCAUCGAUAACGCCAUGAUGCACUACGUACAAGACUUACUUCCCAAGCUACAGUGCUGUCUCACAAAGGAUAACUGUUCCUCUUUCUUAUCUCGUAGACCCCCAACUUUGGGAGAUUACAGGGGCGCACCCACAGCUUCCGCUGAAUUUGGAGGCCACUUUGCAUCUCUGGACGGGAACCGAUUCCUGUUUCUAGGAGUGGGCGUGUACGAGCUGAUCAAUGUCACCUCUGCUGGCGUCGUCCCGGUGAACCUUGGAGAUGAGCUGCGAAUCCAAAUAGUGACUCGGUCUCUCGGUGGAAGUGUAGUAAUAGUUGGUUUUGUGCUCCAACAAGAUGACUUCAAGUUCGAACUCUUGAGGGACGAGUUAUACGAUACCUCUUUUUUGAUCGAUGAAGAAGAGCAUGACCCUAUUUUGUCCAGAUUCGUGAAGGGUGGAUUUGAGGUGCAGUUUGAUCUCAUUGCGGGUUCAGUUACAGGUGUUUCUUUGCGCAACCUCAAAACUGGAUUCGUCCUGCGGGCAUCUCAAAUUGGAAUCUGGAUGAACCUUUACGUGCAGCUCCCCAAUUCCAAAGUGAUCAAUGGGAAUUCUCUGGUGGGGGGACUUAUUGGAUUUUUGGACGAGGAACUGAUUGAUCUGAUUCUCGAGCAGGAUAUAUACAACAUGACUAGUGAUGAUAUGAUGAUGGAGAAUGAUGUCCAUGAAAGGAUGCAGUCGGAGUAUGGAGUGGCCUCACUGGACCAUUCUCUCUUCUCCCCCUCCCUCCACCCUCUCAUUCAGCAGCUGACCACAAUGACAACUGAGACGACGACACAGGAGUAUCAAGAGAGAUACAAUGUGCCACAGAGUGCAUAUGAUGCCUACUCCCAGGCGUGUGGUGACGUGGACAUGUGUAUAGUGGACUCCCACCUACUCUCCCCUGGGGCGGGGGAGGGGGUGGCCGUCGACGUGAGUGACGUGCAGACUGCAUUCCAACUGUACUCACUCCUGCCCCCGAGGGGAUCCCAAACUCAAACCCUCUCAGAUUUACAUCUGUUCCUCCUCGAGAACGACAACAAGAACGCAAACAGUGGCACGAGCAUAUACUCUAACCUAAUGGCAAUUUUCCUUCACACUCUCAUAUUGUGUCCUCUGGUGUUGAACUGCCUCCUUGUUAACUGA